UGCUCCAGGAAGUGCACACAGACGCUGCAGGAGCUGAUUUUUCCUUUUCUUUCAGCCAUUCACCGCUGGAUUUGCUUUGCUCCAGCCCUCCGUGGAUCCUGCAGCUCUCGGGGAGCUCUGACACCACGAUCCCCAGGCUGAGGAGUUUUGUUUUCGUGGUCUCUCAGCACUGCCAGGCAAACAACUCCAGCAUGUGCAGCUGCUCUGGAGGAUCCGUCUGACUGUGCCUGAGCCUCCUGCUUUUCCUCUGGAGCUGCUGGAGGGGAAACCUGCUGCACACCAGCACAGCCUCCUGCUCUGGGGAGGGCUACAACCCCUGCUGUGCUCUGUGUGCCUUCCAUGACCUUUGGAUAAACAGUGACCUCUUGUCACAGCCCUGAGAUCUCUGUUUGCACGUUCUGAUGUCUCCAGCCCUGCCUUGGGUGUUCGACUGCAACACUCUCAGGAGCUGACGUGGUGCAAGGGUGGGAUUUGUGGUUCCUGAAUCCCGAUCCCAGAGGAGGGGGGCAGAGCCUCCUGCCUGUGCCCCUCUCCAGCUCUGCACCUUGCUCAGGCUCCAGCUGCAGCUCCGGACCCCCGCCCUGCCCCAGGGCUAAGAUGAGAAAUACUGAAUUAGAGAGAGGAAUGCUGAAUUUCUGACCAGAAAACACAGAAUCCUUCAAGGAGAAACACCUUCAGCAUGGCCCAGAAAAGCCAAACUGGUGGAACUGAGGAAAAUGAGUCGUCCCUCAUGUACAGCAAGGGUGAUUUCAAGGAAGGAGCCCUGCAGUGGGUGACAGACCCCUCCCAAGGCCAGGUGCUGCUGGUGCUCAGCAUGGACAACACCUGCCCCAGCUCCUCCUUCGACAUGGACCUUUGUGCCCAGAAGCUGCAGGCCCUCGGGCUCCAGGUGCCCGUGGCUCCGUGGAGGAGGCUGAUCCAGGAGGGGCUGCUGAGGCCCGAAGUGAGGCGGUUCCUGUUCUACAGCUCCAGGGGGUUCCAGAUUGCCAUGGCUGCGGUUUUCUACAUCUCCCUCUGGACAAACCUGUACUCCACGCUGCAGCUGUGCUCCCUGGGGCACUCCUGGGGGGCUGGCGUGCUGGUGACCCUGGUGGCCCUGGCUCUCACUGUCCUGGUGAUCCUGCUCCUUGAUCAGCACCAGAGGAAGCUGAACGUGAACACAGAUGUGAGGCUGGCAGCUGUCAAUGAAAUCUUUAUCAAGCACAGCAUAAUCCUGGGGAUUACAGAUGUCCUGGAUGGGCCACACAACAUCCUGCAGCUGUGGUUUGUGCACUUCAGCCCCGAGAGCUGCCUGCAGGCCCUGUCAGCCCACAUCACUCACCUGCAGGGGACACAGGCAGGCUUCAGGCAGAGGCUGAACAAGCUCUGUGUGGCCUUGGAUGUGGCAGUUCAGCCCGAGCUGGGGAUGGAGGAGCAGGCUCCAUGUGAAGAAUCCCCUCUUUUAUCCAGCAGGGUGACCCUGAAUAAAGGUCCUGUGACCUGCAAUGAGCUCCUGCCCCUCAUCCCCGAGGGACCACCCGAGGCCGUGGCCCGGCAGCUCCUGGUGAUCUUCAGCGGCUGCUACGUGCGGCUGCUGGCGACGGGCCGGCUCCCUGGGGCCGGGCCGGGCUCUCACCUGGGGCGCGGCGGCGCUCCCUGCCCGUGCCAGCUCAUCCGGAGCAUCCUGGGGCAGGGGCUGGGGGGCGGCCGGACGCCCCAGUAGAGCUGUCCCCACCCGCCGGAGCGGAGAGGAUGCAGCUCCUUGUCAGUGGAAAUGGGGCUCGAAUAAAGCCGCUCACCUUGGAGAGCUCCGUGUGGGUUCAUGGCCCCAGGGGUCAGAACCGGCCCAGGCCAGCCUGGGGCUCCUGUGUGUCCAAACUCUGUGUCACCAGCCAUCCUCACACAGCCACAGCACAGGCCUCACCAUCGCUCGGGGUGGCAGCAGGAGCCUGAGCCCUGCAGCACCAGCCACUUGCACUUGGCUCUUCCCAGGGUGCAGGACAGCUCUGCUCCUUGUCCCACGGCUUCUGGCAGCAGGAAUGCUGAGAUGGGAUCCAUCUCCUCCUGCCUGGGGCCCAGCACCAUCCCCUCAGCAGUGAGCCCCUAACCCAUGACCCCCUUAUCAGUGACCCCCCAUAACACAGGAUCCCCUUAUCAGUGACCCCCCCUAACACAAGAUCCCCUCAUCAGUGACCCCUCCAAAAAAGGAUCCCCUUAUCAGUGACCCCCCACAUGAUCUCCUUAUCAGUGACUCCCAACAAGGGAUCCCCUUAUCAGUGACCCCCCUAACA